AUGGAUGGUAAUGAACUUGAACAUAUCGAACCGAAAUCUUUUAAAGGAAACUUCAACAUGAAAAAGCUAAUUCUCAGUAACAACUCACUGACGAAAGUAGAAGAAAAUACUUUCAAGGGAUUGAAUAAUUUGGAAAUCUUAUUACUUCAACAUAAUCAAAUAAAGUGUUUAAAUAAUCGAACAUUUAAUCAAGUUCCAGCAUUGAAGAUACUGAUGCUAAAUAACAAUAAAUUGAGAUGUAUAGCCAAAGGGAUCUUCACUGGACUGAGUCUUGAAUCACUAAGUUUAAGUGCCAAUCCAUUUAAAUGUGACUGUCAUCUCAGUUGGCUACCUGACUGGUUGAGAAAUAAUGCGAAUCAAGUCAAUGAAGGUCCAUUACCACCUGUAUGCAUAUCAUCAGAAGAUUUAGCUGGUACACCAGUGGCUAGUUUAUCACGUUAUCAUUUCACGUGUAAUACAUCCAUGUCGAAUUGUUUGAAUAAUGAAAAUUUUAAUGAAAAUGACGACAGGACAGUUCAAUCAACAAUUAAUUCAUACUGUAGCAUAAAAGAGGUGGGCUGUUGUGAAGAAAUACAAGAUGAAACCUCAUGCCCAUCACACUGUCUGUGUGGAACUGAUGGUGUUUACUGCUCGGACAGAAAUCUAACCGAAAUUCCUGCAAAUAUUUCUCCAGAAACAACUCAACUAUACCUGGAAAGGAACCAGAUAACAAAAAUUGAUCCAAAUCGAAUAUCUCAUCUCAAGAAACUGCAUACCCUAGUUUUAAGUUAUAACAAACUACGAGAAUUACCGCCACGUGUAUUUGAGAAACUAACCAAUCUUAAGACGAUAAUACUUCAGGGGAACAACAUUUCUACUAUACCCUACGGUGCAUUCAAUGAUCUUGGCCAAUUAAACAAUGUUGCACUCGGGCAAAAUCCUUUACAUUGUGACUGUACAAGCAAAUGGUUAAACAGUUAUUUUCGGCAAUAUUUCUUGGAUAAUGGAAUCUCUUUAUGCUACAGCCCGCCAAAUAUGAGAUUAAAAUCCAUUUAUCAUUCAAAGCCUUCAGAUUUUGCGUGCCCAUGGAAACAACAAAACGAAACAAAUACAGACAUAAAUGAAAAUGUGUUAUACUUUCCAAGUUCACAACCCCCUCUACCAAAUGACAGAUUUAGUCAGUCAAAUAAUGUCUAUGCGUCAGAGGCUAACCAUGAUAUGAUUAAUAGAGAGAAAGAAUCCAUUUUGAUUGCCGCCAAAUGUAUGCCAUGUUUAUUGAAUCCAUGUCUAAACGGUGGGACGUGUUUAGCACUUACACAGUUGGAAUAUAAAUGUUCGUGUAAACCUCCGUUUUAUGGAAAGAAUUGUGAGCAACGAGACCAUAUAUGCUCAACGAACCCAUGUCAAAAUGGUGGACUAUGCAAAAUUACAGCUUACCCGAGUUCAUACAAAUGUAUCUGUCCACCAGGUUUUCAUGGACCAACUUGUGCUAAACAACUAGAAACUUGUAAACAUAAUGUUUGUCAAAAUGGAGGGACAUGUGAAGCACUGGAUAAUGACUAUCGAUGUCAUUGUACACCUCUAUUUCAUGGCAAAAUCUGUCAACAUGAAUAUGUCUACUGUGAAGAGUUAAAUCCCUGUGCAAAUGGAGGAAAAUGUAUUAGUUUACCGAAGAAUAACUACAGAUGUGAAUGUUUAGCUGGAUGGAUUGGAAAUGAUUGUCAAAUCAAUCAAGAUGACUGUGUGUAUAACAGGUGUGAAAAUGGUGCUACCUGUAUUGAUGGUAUAAAUGAGUACAUAUGCAAAUGCCGUCCAGGAUAUGCAGGAAUUUAUUGUGAAAGACCAACUUGGAAUCCUUCAACAUAUGUGACAAGAAUGGAUAGACCGUUUAACCAUCAGCUAAUGAUUGGACGCACAUCUGCUUCUGGAGUAAGACAGUCACCGAUAAAAACUCGGUCGCUCGCAACACAAAAUCUUGAAACGCUAUGUGCUUAUCAACAAUGUCAAAAUAAUGCCAAGUGUGUUGAAAAUGAAAAUGAUGCUUACAGCUGCGUUUGCCAACAAGGUUUCAGUGGUCAAUACUGUGAGAAUCUUUUCGCUAUCAAUCUACCAAGUCCUCAUUCAUAUGUGGCUGUUGUGCCACCAAGUCGAGGUGCUUUAGUACCAAGUGGAACAAUUAGUUUCGAAAUGGCUACAAAGUCAACAAAUGGCAUCUUACUGAAUUUCAUUGACACAAGUCAAAUUAACAAUGCAGAUGGUACUCCUGAGCAUUAUUUGUUAUUGAACUUACACAAUGGAAAAAUUCAUGUUAAAUUUUCUUUAAAUAGAAAUUAUACUGCACACAAUGUGGAUUGUGAAAUAAAUAUAAGUGAUGGUAAUUUUCAUCUGAUCAAACUUUAUCUGGAAGCUGAAGUAUUAUACCUUUACAUUGACAAGAAGUUGUGCAUAACUAUGGGGAAAGUUAAUACACAAUUUAACAAAACACUGGGAUACGAUAGUCACAAUAAUAAUGAGAAUAACCCAAUACAUACUCCAACUAUAUCUACAUACAAUGUGAUUAUUAAACCACAGUAUUUAGCUUUAACAAAUCCUUUAUACUUUGGUGGUGUCCCAGCUGAUCAGUUAGAGACAGCCAAUCAUCUAACAAAUGGAAUCUCUACACUUGGCUUAACUGGUUGCAUACGAAAUGUACAAAUUAAUGGACGUAUGAUUGAUUUUGCUCGCCUUUUUGGAGCACCAGUAGAUAAGAUGACUGGAAUAGAAGAAAACGACAUUGAGAUAUCUUCACCAGCAGCUAAACAUCAUGGAACAGCGAUUGGAAUACUGCCAGGCUGUCGAAUAAAUAAUGAAAGAUCUAACAACCUAGAGUCUCAGUUGAAGUACCCCAAAUCUGAAAAAGAGGAUGAAAACUUGAAAGCAGAUAACUCUGUCUCCGAUGACGUAUCAGAAGUUAACACAUAUGAAAAGUCGACAUUGGGACAAUUGUCGGAAACAGCGUUCAGUAAAAACUCCACCUCAUGUGAUUCAGAUAGCGAAAGUUCAUGCCUGAAUGGUGGUAUUUGUACAAACCGUGACCUGAAACAAACUGGAAAGUAUUAUUGUAAAUGUCCAAAGGGUUACAAAGGACAAAGAUGUGAAUUGGUAUCUGCUUGUCAUCGUGACACUCAACGUUCAUAUAUACGUGAUCCUCAAACAAAUUGUAUCUCAUCAAGAAAAUUAUCAAUUCGUAAAUGUUCUGGUACGUGUGACUCAAAUAUUUUACACCAUGAACAACAGCAACAACAACUCCAACACCAACAGCACUUGAAUAAGAACAGUUCAAACAAUCAAGAAUCAAUGAAAUUCUAUAAAUGGAAGACAAUUUAUAAAAGAUCAUCAGAUUCAGUGCAAGUAUGGCUACCACGUAGUUCAAAAGAAAUACGUUCCAGUGAAACAGUCAACAGUUUCAAUCCCUUUGAAUCCUCUCAUUCAAAUCAUCCUAACGGGAUAAUUACACACCUAUCUAACAAACAGCAACAACAACAAUAUUGUUGUCAAGCGACAAAAAUUAAACUGCGACCAAUUUUAUUUAACUGUCCCAAUGGUGCUGUUUAUGAGCGUACUAUAAAAUUAGCAAAAAGGUGUGGCUGUGUUCAAUGUGGUCAGUAG